AUGAGCACACAUCAUCGUAGUUCAAGUCUCCAUCAGGAGAAUAAAAAACACAAAUCAAAGCACAUCAGUAAGCGUCAAUUAAAGAAGGAAAGUAAAGGUCGUGUUGAACAUGAAGGUGGUCUCAAAGCAUCUCAAAUGAAGAAGACUCAUCAAAACGCCAAAGCUCAACGUAAACAACGUGCUAAACAAGUUCGGGAUAACAAGAAACAACAAAUUUUAUAUAGACAACGUUUGGGAAGAAGUGGCAAUCCACCAAGAAUUGUCUCUGUCAUGUCUUUGAGUGGACAAGAUGAAGGAGAAGUUGAAAGUGUAUUUUCUGAUAUUAUGAGUAGAAGUGAAGAAUUUGAAAGUGGAAAAAUUAAUUUGAAUGAUUUGGAUUUUUCUAGUGUUCGUUCAAUUCGUCUUCAAAAGGAAUUCCAACAAAAAUCACUUACUCUCUUCUGUGUGAAACAAGCAAAUUCUAGAUCUGUUUUGGAUGCUGCUAAAGUUUCCGAUAUUAUGAUUUUUGUUCUUCCAGCUCAAAGUAUUCAAUUCAAUGGUAAUCAAGAACCAUCCUUACAUCCAACUGCUAAAUAUAAUCUCUCACUUCUUAGAGCUCAAGGUUUACCAUCUAGUAUUGUCGUUUUACAAGGAUUGAAUCAAAUUUCUCAAAAAAAGCAAAAUGAUGUGAAACAAGUUGUUAACAAGAUUAUGAAGGAUGAAAUUCCAGACUUUGAAAAGGUCUUUUCAUUGACUUCAACAACAAAUAGUAUGGAUGAUUCUGCCAAUUUUGAAACUACCAAGACAGAAAUGAAACAAAUUUUGUUACGUUUGAAUUCAUUAACACCAAAAACUAUCUAUUGGAGAGAAAAUCAUCCAUACAUGAUUGUGGAAAAUCUUGAAUUCAUCAAGAAGGAUCAAUCUGAAAUCAAUGAAUUAUCAGAUGAAAAUAGUAAUAAUGGUACACUUGUUAUUCGUGGAUAUUUACGUGGUAAACCAGCCAGUCCAAAUCAACUUUUCCAUCUUGUCAAUUAUGGUACUUAUCAAUUGGAUAAAAUUGUUUUGGAAAAGGAAAAUUCACAUGCUUACUCAAAGAAGAAACAACAAGGUUCUAGUUCAAAUGCAAUGGAAGAUGACAAGGUUGGUACUAGUCAAAUGAGUACAACUGCUGAUUCCAAUGAACCAAAAACCUUGUUACCAGAUGAAAAGCAAGAAUCUCUUCAAACUGCUCUUGAACCAAAUCUUAUGGAUGGUGAACAAACCUUGCCAACCAAGGAAGAUUAUGAAAUGGAAUUGGCUAACCAAAUUACUGAAAAACAAGCUGGUUAUGUUUACCAUAAGAAGGUUGUUCCAAAGGGUAUGACUCCAACUGAAGCUGCUUGGAUUAUUGACCAUUUGGAAGAUGCUGAAGAAGACCAAUCCGAUGAGGAAGAAGAUGAAAUGAUUGAUGAAGCCAACAGAGCUGUUGCUGCUGAUGAAGAAGAAAGACGUGUCGAUUUCAAUUUUGAUAUUGCUUCUGAAGCUCAAACUCAUAUUGAAAAACACUUCAACUUGGACGAAAUGGAUGAAGAUAUGACUGAAGAAGAAAGAAUUGCUGAAAUGAUGCGUGCCAUUAAAUCCAGAAAGGAGAUGAAGAAUGAAAUGGAUUAUCCUGAUGAAGUUGAUACACCAUUAGAUAUUCCAGCUCGUGUCCGUUUCCAAAAAUACAGAGGUUUGAAAUCAUUCAGAUCUUCACCAUGGGAUGCUGAAGAAAAUUUACCAUUGGAUUAUUCACGUAUUUUCAGAUUUAAGAAUUUCCAAACAUCUCAAAAGCUUGCUUUGGAAGGUUUUGAUCCAGAAAAUGAUUACAAUUUAUGGGAAAAUUAUAUCACUCUCCACAUUGCUAAUGUUCCAGCCAACAUGUGUGAAGUUAUUCAACAAAAGAAGGAACCACUCAUUGUCUUUGGUUUACUUAAACACGAACAAAAGACCAGUCUUGUCCAUUUACUUGUAAAGAGAACUAACGACUCAGUUGUUGUUAAACAAUCAACAAGUUAUGAUCCAUCUGAUAAUAUUACAAAGAUGAUUGAAUACCAUCCUCAAGAAGACGAUGAUGGUGAAGAAGAGCCAAUACCUGGUGCUGAAGUUGAAGAAAAUCCAAUCAAAUCUAAGGAUGAACUUAUUAUUCAAAUUGGUUUCAGAACAUUUAAAUGUAAUCCUAUUUAUUCGGAACAUAAUCCUAGAAAUGAUAAGCACAAAUACGAAAGAUUCUUUGCUCCAUAUCGUUUCCUUAUUGCCACAGUGUAUGCUCCAGUAACCUUUAAACCUGCACCUGUUUUAAUGUUCCGAAGGAAUAAUAAGAAUACCAUGUCACUUGUUGACAAUAUGAUUGUACAAACUGAACCAUCACAAACUCUUGAUCAACCAAAUCUUGACUUUGUUGGUCAUGGCACAGUUCACGGUGUUGAUCCAUACCGUAGAGUUAUUAAGAAGAUUAUUCUUACUGGUCACCCUUACAAACUUCAUAAGAAUCAAGUUGUUGCUCGUUACAUGUUCUUCAAUCCAGAAGAUAUUCGUUGGUUCAAACCAGUUGAAGUUUAUACUAAAUAUGGUAGACAUGGUAUUAUCAAAGAAGCUGUUGGUACUCAUGGUUAUAUGCGUUGUUUAUUCGAUGAUAUUGUCCUUCCAAAGGAUACUAUUUGUAUGAAUUUAUACAAGAGAGUUUUCCCAAAGUGGACCACAGAGAGUUCAUCCCUGUUAGCAGGUCCAACUAUUUCAAUUCCUCGUCCACUUAAACAAACUACAUCAUCUGGUGGUGCUUACCUCAAUGAAGAAGCAAUUAGAAGAUUGGGUAUUAUGUCCAAAUCUGAAGAAUUAGAAAUGAUUGAAGACUAAAUUAUUAAAAAACUAUUCAUGUA